AUGACUGCCUGGUUCGCGAAACCCCAAUUUUUAUCUCAGUUUAGCAAAUCUUGUCAACUGGAUAUUUUUUACUUGCCCGGUAUUAAGCAUGUGGUAGAUUUGGAAAAUUCAAAAGCAGUGUUGUUGAAAGAAGGUGUAGAAACAAUUGAGGAUUUAUCACCAAAAUGUCAGGAAAACGUCAAGAAAUUCGAGAUUGAGCUAAAACCGUAUACGCUACAUCUCGAUUAUUCAUUUUGGAGAAGCGAUGAAAUCUUAGCGGCUAUAUUGCCAGAGGAGCUAAUCAACGAAGUGCCCACUGGCUUUAGCCAAGCUGGCCAUUUAGCUCAUCUCAACUUACGUGAUGAAUUUAAGCCGUAUGGUAAACUUAUAGGCCAAGUCAUUUUGGACAAGAAUCCUAGUUUGAAAACAGUUGUGGAUAAGAAAACCACUAUAGCGAACCAGUUUCGCACCUUCCCCUUGGAGCUUUUAUCUGGUGAAGAGAACUACAUUGUUGAGCAAUUGGAGAGUGGAUGUCGCUUCAAAUUCGAUUUUAGUAAAGUUUAUUGGAAUUCUAGAUUAAGCACUGAGCAUGAACGUUUGAUUAGUAAAUUUAAAAAGGGACAAGUUGUCGGCGAUGUUAUGGCUGGUGUUGGACCUUUUUCUAUACCAAGUGGCAAAAAAGAUGUCAUUGUUCUUGCUAAUGACUUGAAUCCCGAUAGUUACAAGUAUUUACAAGAAAACAUUUCCAUAAACAAAGUUGAUCCAUUUGUCAAGCCUUUUAAUUUGGACGGAAGAGAAUUUAUUGCAAAUGCUGCGAGAUUACUCAACGAAUUUGCCAUGAAAUCGGGACCAAUAGAAAAGAAAACUAUCAAACGUGCCAAACGUAAUAAAUCAACAACCACAGAAAUCAUUGAGAUUCCAAAAUUUUAUCAUCAUUUUGUAAUGAACUUGCCCGAUUCCGCAUUAACUUUUCUUGAUGCAUAUAUUGGACUAUACACAGAAAACCCCCAAAUUGUCAAUGAACCAAAUUUUGAACUCCCUUGGAUUCAUGUACAUUGUUUUGAAAAGUUUGAAAACGGCGAGGAGCCAACUACUGAAGAGUUGAGUCGUCGAAUAUGGAAAAAGAUUUGUAAAUUAAUUGAUUAUCAAUUGGAUAUUACUAAAGUAGAGUUUCAUCAGGUCAGAAUGGUUAGUCCUACAAAACCCAUGUUUUGUGUUUCAUUCAAAUUGCCUGAAGAAGUGGCAUUUAGAAAGAAAUUGUAA